CCGGAGCACGGUUGUGGUUGGAGCAGGACUUGGUAAUGAACCACUAGGACGGUGAUCUGAGCUCUGGGCACAGUGCAGACACCUGAAGACCAUGUCUUGCAGUGAUGCAACGAGGGCGUUGGCUAGAGGAUCCUGUCCCCCGGGGCCAGUCCCAGAAGGUGUGAUCCGAAUUUACAGCAUGAGGUUCUGUCCCUACUCCCACAGGACUCGCCUGGUCCUCAGGGCCAAAGGUAUCAGGCAUGAAAUUGUCAAUAUUAACCUGAGAAACAAGCCUGACUGGUACUACACAAAACACCCUUUUGGCCAAGUUCCUGUGGUGGAGAACAGCAGUUGUCAGUUGGUCUAUGAGUCGGCCAUCGCGUGUGAAUACCUAGAUGACGCGUUCCCGGGAAGAAAGCUGUUUCCAUAUGACCCUUAUGAACGAGCUCGCCAAAAGAUGUUAUUAGAGCUAUUUGGUAAGGUCCCACAUUUGACCAAGGAGUGUCUGGUGGCCUUGAGGUGCGGGAGAGAAUGUGCCGAGCUGAAGGGAGCCCUGCGACAGGAAUUCUGCAACCUGGAAGAGAUUCUUGACUAUCAGAAUACUACCUUCUUUGGUGGAGACCGUAUAACCAUGAUUGAUUACCUCUUCUGGCCCUGGUUUGAGCGGCUGGAUGUCUAUGGGAUUGCUGACUGUGUGAAUCACACCCCGUCCCUACGGCUCUGGAUAGCCGCCAUGAAGCAGGACCCCAUCGUUUGUGCUCUACUCGUGGACAAGAACACCUUCCUGGGCUUCUUGAAUCUCUAUUUCCAAAACAACCAUAAUGCCUUUGAUUUUGGGCUAAUAUGAGCCUCAUAAUCCUCUCUCCCUCCCCACCCCAACCGCAUCCCAAAUUUUCAGCUUGUCAUGAUUCUGCAUCAAGUUAUUUGAGGGGUCAGUCUGCCUCUCCUCUGUUUCUUUGAGGUUCUAAAUAAAAAUGGAAACAGAAAAUAGAUUGGUAACCCCUUGCCCGACUCUUAUACCCCAGAGCUUCUAGAAAGUGCCCAGUGCUAAAGUCCAAAAGCAUUUUGAGAGCUUGGGCCUCCUUGGCCUGUGGCCAG